AUGUAACCAGCCAUCUGGGUCCUUCUCUUUGUUUUUCAGCAAAUUGCUGUUGGGAUGAAGCUUUAUAGCUUUGGAGUCCUUGUAGCCAUCUUCCUCUUGUGUGAGCAGCAUGUCUUCGCUUUUCAGAGUGGCCAGGUUUUAUCUGCUCUUCCUAGAACCUCCAGGCAAGUUCAGAUUCUGCAGAAUCUUACUACAACAUACGAGAUUGUUCUCUGGCAGCCAGUAACAGCUGAAUUUAUUAAGAAGCAGAAGGAAGUCCAUUUUUUUGUGAGUGAGUCUGAUGUAAACAAUGUGAAAGCCCAUUUACAUGACAGCACAAUUCAAUUCAGAAUCUUGGUGGAAGAAGUGAAAGAUCUUAUCCAACAGCAAACUCUCAAUGACACGGUCACCCCCCGGACUUCCUCCUCAUACUAUGAACGGUAUCACCCACUAAAUGAAAUCUACUUUUGGAUGGAAGCCAUAACUAGGAACUAUCCUGAAAUGGUUGAAAAAAUCCACAUUGGAUCCUCAUACGAGAAGUACCCACUUUAUGUUUUAAAGGUUUCUAGGAAAGAACAAACAGCAAAAAAUGCCAUAUGGAUUGACUGUGGCAUUCAUGCCAGAGAAUGGAUCUCUCCUGCUUUCUGCUUGUGGUUCAUAGACCGUGUAACUCAAUCAUAUGGGAAAGAAACACCAUACACCAAUCUUCUGAGGCAUGUGGAUUUCUAUGUGAUGCCAGUAGUUAAUGUGGAUGGUUAUGACUUCACAUGGAAAAAGAAUCGAAUGUGGAGAAAGAACCGGUCCUUUCAUGAAAACAAUCGUUGCAUCGGAACAGACCUGAACAGGAACUUUGCUUCCAAACACUGGUGUGGGGAAGGUGCAUCAAGUUUCUCAUGCUCAGAAACCUACUGUGGCCUUUACCCUGAAUCAGAACCAGAAGUGAAGGCAAUGGCUAAUUUCUUGAGAAAAAACAUCAACCACAUUAAGGCUUACAUCAGUAUGCAUUCAUACUCCCAGCAGAUACUGUUUCCAUAUUCCUAUAAUCGAAGCAAAAGCAAAGACCAUGAGGAACUGUCCCUAGUGGCCAGUGAAGCAGCCCGUGCUAUUGAGAAUAUUAAUGAAAAUAUCAGAUAUACUCAUGGCAGUGGUUCAGAAACUUUAUACCUAGCUCCUGGAGGUUCAGAUGACUGGAUCUAUGACUUGGGCGUAAAAUAUUCGUUUACAAUUGAACUUCGAGAUAAAGGCAGAUACGGAUUCUUGCUGCCAGAGCGUUACAUCAAGCCCACUUGUACAGAAGCUUUCGCCGCUAUCUCUAAAAUAGUUGGGCAUGUCAUCAAGAAUGUUUAAUGCCGUUAAUUUUUUCACUCUUCUCCCAUAUUUUAGUUUACUGGUUCCAACAGGACCAAAUCAUUGUACCCGUUCUUCUAAAAUUUUAUCAGUAGUUUUGAGAAAAGGUUUUCCUAUUCCUUGCUUUUGUCAACGAACAAAAUAAAUGUUACCUUAAAAUUAA